UAUAAAAGGGGAGGCGAGGGGCCGGGGUCAUUUGGCUAGCGGUGUGCGGCGGUGGCUGCGGCGGGGGGGUGGCGGUCGGGGAGGCGCGCGGCUCGUUGGCUCUCUCCGGGUAGGGGCUGUGGGACCGGCUGCCAGCAUGGGUGACCAAGCGCUCAGCUUCCUCAAGGACUUUCUGGCCGGCGGGGUCGCUGCGGCCAUCUCCAAGACGGCUGUCGCCCCCAUCGAGAGAGUCAAGUUGCUGCUGCAGGUCCAGCACGCCAGCAAGCAGAUCACCGCCGAGAAGCAGUACAAGGGCAUCAUCGACUGCAUCGUCCGCAUCCCCAAGGAGCAAGGCAUCAUCUCCUUCUGGAGGGGCAACCUGGCCAAUGUCAUCCGGUACUUCCCCACCCAGGCCCUCAACUUCGCCUUCAAGGACAAGUACAAGCAGAUCUUCCUGGGGGGAGUGGACAGGCACAAGCAGUUCUGGCGUUACUUCGCGGGGAACCUGGCGUCCGGUGGUGCCGCGGGAGCCACCUCCCUCUGCUUCGUCUACCCGCUGGAUUUCGCCAGGACCCGGCUGGCGGCUGAUGUGGGCAAAGGGGCGAGUGAGAGGGAGUUCACUGGGCUGGGCAACUGCAUUAUCAAGAUCUUCAAGUCUGACGGCUUGAAGGGCCUCUACCAAGGAUUCAAUGUGUCUGUCCAGGGCAUCAUCAUCUACAGAGCGGCUUAUUUUGGGGUUUAUGACACCGCCAAGGGUAUGUUGCCUGAUCCCAAGAAUGUGCACAUUGUAGUGAGCUGGAUGAUUGCCCAGACUGUCACCGCAGUAGCGGGGCUGGUAUCCUACCCUUUUGAUACUGUGCGGCGUAGGAUGAUGAUGCAGUCUGGCCGAAAGGGAGCUGAUAUUAUGUACAAGGGCACAAUUGAUUGCUGGAAGAAGAUAGCUAAAGAUGAAGGAUCCAAAGCGUUCUUCAAAGGUGCCUGGUCAAAUGUGUUGAGAGGCAUGGGCGGAGCUUUUGUAUUAGUACUUUAUGAUGAAAUCAAGAAAUAUGUCUAAAGCUAACAUCAUGUAGUUCAAUUGUUCUCAAUCAACUUUUUUAAAAAUACACUAUUGUGAUUUAAUGGACAACAAAAUAUUUCCUAGGGAAACUGAGAAUGGAAUUUGAGGAACAUAUCUGGUUGUGAUAAGGAUGCAUUAAUUAAAGUUGUCCAUUAUGUCAGUGGCAUUUUGUAUGAAAAUUCUUCCAACAUUUGUAUUGGAACCUGUGUAUAUAUUAUGUGCCUUCAAAUAUCAGGUAAUGCAUCUUGUCUAGAGACAAGACUGAAAUGUUCUACACCUAAUUUAAUAUCAAAUAAUGUAAACUCUGAAUAAAUUUGACAUUCAAAUACCUAUUGUACUAAGUGAUGUCUCUAGCUCCCCAACAGCAUGAUGGCAUUCAAAACAUGGUUUAAAAACAUGUUUUCUUAAGCUGAAUUUAAAUGUUGUGAAAAGGGAUGUUUGAAAAUACAAACUAUACUAAAGCCCCUAGGCUGCAAGUUCCUAACUGUAUCCCUUUCACUGAUAAGUUAUGCAAUCAUGUGGUUGAGGUCCUAAUUUUUUUGUCAAACAUACUUUGUGGAAGAUAGAAAUGCUGUGUUUCAGAAAUGCCCUAUAUCUUCACAAAGCAAAAAGUUGUCUGAAUGAUGUUCAAUUGAACUUCAACUGAAAUAAAUAUAUUAAUAAGCUUU